AUGAGAGAUGAAAUUGCAACAGCAGUUUUCUUUGUCACAAGACUGGUGAAAAAGCAUGAUAAACUGAGUAAACAGCAAAUAGAAAACUUUGCAGAAAAGCUGAUGACUAUCUUGUUUAAAACAUACAGAGGCCACUGGCACUCUGAGUGCCCUUCUAAAGGGCAAGCCUUCAGGUGUAUCCGGAUAAACAAUAAUCAGAAUAAAGAUCCCAUUCUACAGAGGGCUUGUGCUGAAAGUAAUGUGAAUUUUUCUCACCUGGGACUUCCAAAGGAGAUGACCAUAUGGGUAGAUCCCUUUGAAGUUUGCUGCAGGUAUGGUGAGAAAAAUCACCCGUUUACAGUUGCUUCUUUCAAAGGCAGAUGGGAGGAAUGGGAGCUCUCCCGACAAGUCCUGGAUGCUGUCAGUAGAGCCUCGCUAGACUACUCCUCGGGCACUUCCUCCGAUGAAGAAAGUUGUAGCAGAGAGCCCCGGAUAAUUCCUAAAGUCAGCAAUCCGAGGAGUAUUUAUCAGGUUGAAAACCUGAAACAGCCCUUUCAAACUUGGUUCCAAAUCCCCCCAAAAAAGAACGUAUUGGAUGGCGGUCUGGGCCACCUGAGAAAUGCUUAUCACGCGCUGCAUAGGAACCGCAGGGGCCAUAAGCCUGCGGCUGUGUGCCUGGUGGACAGGUACCACUGGGUCAACACCAACCGCUAA